AGAGGAUUUUUUUUUACCCUCCUUGUGCUUGACCAUCAAUCUGAGCCGCAUCCGAUAUCUAUUCCACGGCCGGUGACGCAGGUUUGCCCGCUCGGAGUGGGCUGGAAGCUUCCACAAGCCGGAAGAACACGAGCAGCGAGGAGGGGAUGGAGAUAGACUGCCAACCCGAGGAGUCCAUUGUCUCUGCUUUUGACGAAGACUGCGUCGAGCUGGGCGACGUGAAGGACAUGAGACUGGAGGCGGAAGCUGUGGUCAACGACGUCCUCUUCGCCGUGGCUGAAAUGCACGUGUCGCAAAGUCUCGGCAGCGCGUCCGACGUGGCCUACAUCAAUGUGGAAACCAGAGAGGGAAACCGCUAUUGUCUGGAGCUCACGGAGGCCGGACUGAGGGUGGUGGGCUACGCUUUCGACCAAGUGGACGAGGAUCUGAGCACCCAGUACCACGAGACUGUUUACUCGCUCCUGGACACGCUCAGUCCGGGCUACAGAGAAGCCUUCGGGAACGCUUUGCUCCAGCGGCUGGAGAGGUUGAAGCAAAACGGACAGUGAAAAGGACCGAGAUGCUGCUUCGGGUUUACCCGAGAAACAGGGCUUGAUAAUGUGGGUGUGAGCCAAUAACAACCAAGUCUGAUCAAAUACUCCAACUGCAUAGCUUCCUCUGUGAUAAGGGCCUCACAGCCUCUAUCAGCUCUGCUUUGUUCUGAGUUACAUACCAUCGAACGACUUCAUGUUAUUUACUUAAGUUCACAGACCGAUCGGUUGUGACAUCGUGUUGUUGGCUCUGCUGCGGGGAGAGCGUUCCUCGCAGGUUUGUAACAGUGCUGCACAUUUUUUGUACUCAUCAGAACGACGCGAGAACGAAGCAGCGAGUUGCAUUAAUCGCGAUCCCCCUCCGCCCUGCUUGCACUACGGCUGCGAUAUCUGCUCAAAUAUACCCGACUAGUUGUUACUCAGCAGGUGUCUCUGUGAAAAAGAGCCAAAGCUACGUUCUUUUCAAGUAUGUGCUGCCUUAAUGACUGACUCCUAACGGAGAGAAAAGUGAACUCACUGACUUGUGUUUUACGUGCUUUGUAUUGACAGAUAACGGUAUUCUGCAGGGCUGCUAUUUCACACGGACAAGUAGGUCAGAAAUUCUUUUAAAGCUCUGAUUAUAUUGUAAAACAUGGCGACACUGUGUAUUCAGUACAAGUCAUCGAGUUUGCCGUGUUUAAAUAUUGCUAGAUUUGUUUUCCCUCCGUGCUGCAGUGCGUCGCAUCUCAAGCUUUGCAUUUCAGACUGAAUCCUUUUUGGAAGUUUUAAAUAUUUUUUUUGUUUUGUUGUGAUCUUAUCUAAGUUGUGUCAGAGUGCACAGAGUUUGUUAAUAUUCAGUGAUGACUUCUAAAGCUGCUUAAAAACAUUGAUUUCCUGUACACGUGACCUGGUUACUGUCCUACUUCAGUGUUAUGAAAGCUACUCUACCUAGUUUGCAUUGAUACUGUCAUCAUUCCUUGCUGCUGGCCUUUGCUCAGACCAAUAAAGUUUCAGAAGUA